AUGGAAGGCGGGCCACCAUCGUGCUCCCGCCAGUAAAUAUAAGCGCACCGUGCACAGACCGCGAACCCGAUGCGGUUAGCAGAUUUGUCUACGUAUUCAUCACGUGUGUGGUUCGCACCGCCACUUCAAAGUGGAAUAUAAUUAACCCGUACUCGCGAACUAUCGACAGAAUGACCGAACCGGCAAUGGGUGUACAUUGAAGGAUCCUGAAUCCAAAGUCUAUUUUCAAUCGAUUGUAUCUCGUUUGCUCAAGAUACUCCGGUAACCAUCGUCGUCAAGCAACUGCUCGAUGCGAUAGCACAAGACUCGAAUGUACGAGGCACACAGCCGUGUCUGAUCGACGAUUGCUGCGGCCAGUGACUUUCUCAGGGCCAGUGGUCGCGAUUUCGAUGCACAUAGCGCACCGGUGUAACUGAUAUGGUGUUUUAAACAGCCAGCACCGAAACUCGCCGAUCUGGCAGAAUUCCUAUCUCCGGCUCCAAUGUCAUACACGCGGUUGGCGUGAAAACGAAGAAGCGGCCUACUAGUGCAAGCAACGAGAGGGCCAUAAUCCAUACCCAAGGCUAGCAACGAAUCACCAAACAAGAAGGAAAACGGUGCGGGUGAGCGGGAGAGAGUGAAAGAAGAUCACCCAAACGACCCAAGCGAACCUUCGUGCAAGAAAAAAUGGCAUCAUACGACAGUCAAAAUCUGCUCCCCGGUGGCGGUCCCGGCAGCCGGAUAAAUGGCGGAAACAUUAGCAUCGUUAGCAACCGAGCAGGCGGCGCAGGCGGUGAUGCUGAGAAGUCGCCCUUCCUGGAAAAGUCGGAACCGGUGCGGCUCACCCCGGCCUGGGAGGAAAACAAUCUACCAAAUGAUGAACUCAACUUCAAAGGGUUGACGAUGGAGCGGGCCAAGAUGGAGCUCAAUCCCCCGCGGGAUAAACUUCUGCUCGUAUUUCUAACGCUCCUGAUCCACGGCGUCGGCACGCUGAUGCCGUGGAAUAUGUUCAUCACUGCCAAAUCGUACUUUGUAGACUAUAAGCUAGGCCAAAACUACACCGGCGUCGAGUCGGAGUAUGCAACGUACUUUCUUUCGUCCAUCGGGUUUGCGUCGCAGAUUCCCAAUCUUCUGUUUAACUGGCUCAACAUUUUCAUGAAUCUUGGUGGAAACUUGACAAAACGAAUCGUGUGGAGCAUCCUUGUGGAAGUGCUCGCAUUCGUCGUGACGGUCGUCCUGGCAAUGGUUGACUCUUCCGAGUGGCCAGGUGCGUUCUUCUGGAUCACGAUGACCACGGUGGUGAUUUUAAACAUGGCCGGCGGUAUCUACCAGAACACGGUGUACGGUAUGGCUGCGAAGCUACCGUUCAAAUAUACCGGUGCCGUAGUGCUCGGGUCGAACAUCAGUGGCACGUUCGCUUCAAUAAUUUCGAUCCUCAGCUCACAGUUUGCGUCCUCCGUGAGGACGGCAGCGAUCUACUACUUUAUCACAGCGAUGUUCGUGCUGCUCCUGUGCUUCGAUACCUACUUUGCGCUUCCGUUGAAUAAAUUUUACCGCUACCACGAGCUCCAGAAGGAGCGUGAGAUCGAGUCGAACCAGCGUGCUAACAUGGGCGCCCCUCCACCGUACUGGAAAAUCUUCAAGCAAGCCUUCCCGCAGCUGUUCAACGUGUUCUUCGUGUUCUUUAUCACGCUGUCCGUCUUCCCAGCGGUGCACUCCGACAUCAAGCUCUCCGACGACAACUUCAUCAUCAAGAAGGAUCUGUUCGUGAGCAUCUGCUGCUUCCUCACGUUCAACGUGUGCGCCAUGCUCGGCAGCCUGCUGACGUCCUGGGUAACCUGGCCGAAGCCCAAAUACCUGGUGUGGCCGGUUCUGCUGCGUGUCGUCUUUCUGCCGCUCUUCCUCUUCUGCAACUACCAGCCGCUAAACAUCACGCGCCUCCUGCCGAUCUACAUCGAAAACGAUUGGGUGUACUGGGGCACCGGCGUUGUGAUGGCGUUCACGUCCGGGUACUUCAGCUCGCUCGGCAUGAUGUACGCCCCGCAGUCGGUCGAGCCGCAGUACGCGAUGACGGCGGGCAUGUUUGCGGCCGCCAUGCUCAUCACCGGCAUCUUCUCCGGUAUCCUCUUCUCGAUGGUGUUCCCGGUGGUGGUGCAGUACAACUUCCUCGACUGGCUGCACUAGGGCUGGCGCUGGGGAGUGGACGUGUACGAUGACUACUACUACCGGUCGUCGUAAAGUUUUCGCACGGGCCCACUCCCAAUCGCGCCCAUUCGAAGCUCACGUUUCUUAUGUCGCUCCAUCAUAUCACACGCAGUUCGGACUGCGAAUGAAACAACUACCGUUCGACGCACAGGACGAACGCGGGGAAGCGUGCUCUCACUCCCUCGCGGGGUUGUAGUUGUUGCUGCGCUGUAGUCUAUCUGCUCAAAUUGGGUCUUCAACAGACUUCCAACCCCAUUUUGUUUUUCUUCCUAAUGUUUGUACCCUUUGUUGUUUUGCAAGAAAAGAAAAUCCUUUUGGUGUUUAUGCAAUAUAUUGCAACAUUUCGUUCUGAUUCUUCAAGCCCAUCAGCGUGUUGAAAUUUAAGAAUAUCUUGCACUCAAUAUUAUGCAAAUUAAUUUAAUGUGUUUUUAAAGUUUCAAGUUGAAAUAGUUGCAUCAACGCUUGUUUGAAAGGGGGAAAAACCAUUGUCUCUUUAUAAUAUUAUCCUUUCGUUAGGAAACUUGUUUUACUUGAGAACAAUACCUAAAGGAUUUCGGUAAAAUACACACCAACAGGUUUGCCUACAGGGGAAUGUUUGAAAAUCGAACGACGCUUUGCGUAAUAUCCUCUAUACAUCUAUCCUCUUUCCUAGUGCCAGGAUUUUAUUUUAAAAUCAUUUGGUCUUAAUAGGACUAAUACACAAGCACAAUGUGAAAAGGGUGUUAUAAAUGAUUUCAUUCAAACAAAAAUAUAAAUCCUAGUCUGGCAUCAAGCAUAUCGAGCAUACAAGCGGUGCGUAGGAAGACCUACGUAUCCCUAUAGGACAUUUUCAUCCUACGUUGAUGCUUAUACACUACAGCGAGAACCGUGUGGCCACUAAUCCCACCGGGAAGCAAGCAAUCUCAUAUCCCUAAGAGCGUCACAAUCCCUACAUAUAUUCGAUCAUUCGUUAACCUGGUGCCCUAAUUAUGCAACUGAUUUCAGAUUUACCAAAAUUAUACAGUUUUUCGUAUGUUUAAUUCUUUUUUUUCCUUUUUUUAGUUUUAGAGUGUAGGUUUAAAUCAAAGUUUCAUUUCCUUCAGCGUCUCGUCAUAAUAGAUCUAAGAAUGAGUCAAACAGAUGAUCCCUAUACAGAGUCCAAAUAGUAAUCCAAUUGCAUCCAGAUCUCAGAAUACAAUUUCGAUUCGAAAAACAAAAAUAAAACCAAAUACUUUGCAUACGAAAAUGAAA